AAGAUUAAAUGGGCCGUAGAAGCCAAUCCAGCGAUCCAAAAGCCAAAAACCAGAAGGGUAACCUUCCCUCUUUCUUUGAAUGGGGAUUUGGCGCGCCGAGUCUCCACUCUCCCAAAGCAGCCGCCCAGAAUGAGAGAUUCACCUGAUGUUUUGGUGCACGAGGUGAAAGAUGCUAAAAAUAAGGUCAUCAAAUUAUCUGCUGCACUUAAUGUUGGAGACAAUGAGGAGUUUGAUUUUGUACGUUCCUUAUAUGAAGGCGCUAUAGCUGGCAGUGUUGCUAGCUUCGUUAUUGAAGCUGCGCUAUAUCCAAUCGAUACAAUAAAAACUCGUCUACAGGCUGUUCACGGAGGAGGAAAGAUUGUACUAAAGGGUCUUUAUUCUGGAUUGACCGGAAAUCUGGUUGGGAUGUUACCUGCCACUGCCAUUUUCGUUGGUGUAUAUGAACCUACCAAGCAGACAUUGCUCAAUUCUCUCCCUGAAAACCUCAAUGCUUUAGCUCAUUUAACUGCAGGUGUCGUAGGAGGAGUGGCUUCAUCGAUCAUUCGUGUACCAACAGAGGUAGUUAAGCAAAGGAUGCAGACUAGCCACUUUGCGUCUGCAUCGAAUGCUGUCCAAGCUAUUGUUUCAAGGGAAGGUUUUAAAGGCCUUUAUGCGGGUUAUGGAUCUUUCUUACUACGAGAUUUGCCAUUUGAUGCCAUCCAGUUCUGCAUUUACGAACAACUUAGGAUAGGGUACAAGCUAGCGGCGCAGAGAGAUCCAAAUGACCCCGAGAAUGCUCUAAUCGGUGCCUUUUCUGGUGCCGUUACUGGGGCUAUAACCACACCUUUUGAUGUGAUCAAAACUCGAUUAAUGGUUCAGGGAUCAAAUAGCCAAUAUCAAGGUAUUCGUGAUUGCUGUAGGACUAUAAUGAAGGAAGAAGGAGCACGUGCCUUCUUAAAGGGCAUGGGGCCAAGGGUAUUGUGGAUAGGAUUAGGAGGCGCUAUAUUUUUUGGCGUUCUUGAAAAAACAAAGCAGAUGCUUGCUAAUCAGAGGCAUCCGCUGCCUGAGAAACCAAUCCAAUCGCAAUGAUAUGAUUCAGGUCAUCAUUCUAAGGGUUCCCACAUUAUCAUUUCGUAUUUAAAUCCUAAGAAAAAUGAUAUAACUUUCCAUUUUCAUUUGUUUGAUUGCACUUCGAAAUAAUAAUAGUUUCACUUCUUUGCCUCACCAAA